AUGGUACCUAAGUUUGCCGCAAAAUUCUGUAUUUACCUGGAGACAAAUGGAAGAUUUGUUUCAUAUUCAAUUCUACCGCUCAAAGCCUGAGAUAUCCAUGGCUGAUCUUUCUAGAUUAACUCAACGACCAAGGGAAUCUUUUGAAAAUUAUCUUAUGCAAUUUAGAAAAGCCCGGAUGAAGUGUCAUGUUGCCUUACCAGAGCAAGAGUUCGUGAAGCUUGCUCAGAAUGACAAGCCAGUAACUUGUCCUAAUCUAGUGAAAGUCACUCAACAGGUUGAGGCGGCUGCAAAGCAUCUCUCGUAUGAAUCUGGGAGACAAUACACAUUUGAUGUGACUAAAGCAAAUGAAAUCUUUAAUUAUCUGAAAAAGUCAAGACAUAUUAAGCUGCCACAGGGGCAUAGGCUCUUGACGGUUGCUGAAAUUGCAUCCAAAGAUUACUGCAAGAUUGACAAAGGGCUGCUUCGUUUCCCUGAAAAACCCAAGGAAGCCAUGAGGGCUGAUGAGAAUCCUUUUUCGAACGUUGAUGUUGGAGUUAAUGUUGCUGACAUAAGGAGUAUCUCUCGAAGGACGUAUAAAGGGCGAACUUUGGCUGUAGAUGACCUUCACUGGGUGAUUGAGAAGGAAAGGGAACGUCAUGCCCAACAUAAUCAAAGGCCUGGGGGGCAACGCCAUGCUGCCAGAAUCUAUGCAUCUGGAUCCAAGAUGAAGGAGGCUCGGCAUAUAGAUCACUCUUGUAUGCGAGCAGAGGCACAUCGUCGUCAACAAUUAGCUACUGAGGAAGUUAAGGUUCCGCAACGUUCUUCCGCAAAGGGAAGGAUGGUGUGGAAGAGAAAAGAGAGUCAAAAGGUUGUUGUCCAGAAUGAAUCUCAGCCGGAAGUGCCACCUCCUAAGCUCACCUCACUGAUCGUCAAUGAAAAUGAGUUGAAGGCAACCUUUGAAGCAGAUCAGCAAGCAGAGUUGACUAGUGAUGAUAAUCUUCUUGAGGACAUGGAUGUUCUGCAGAUCGGCAGCAUCUGUAUUAACCUCUCUUGUUUGGUUCUCACACUUCCUUUGGUUUUUCAAGCCAAGGGCAAUGAGACUACCCAUGUUCCUACCCAUGUUUCCAAUGGCAGCAUGUUUGUUGAAGAAGAAGUGAUAGAGGUUCCAGCCCAAGAAGAGGAAAAGGAGCACAAUAUCCGUUCAGAACAAAUUAUCUUUAACAAACCAAAUGAAAGUAUGGCUCGUCAUAUAAAGCCACUCUACAUUUCAGCUCACAUGGAUGGAGUUCCAGUGAAUCGAGUCCUUGUUGACAAUGGAGCAGUAGUCAACGUCAUACCUUCUUUUAUGCUGAGGAAUUUGGGUAAAAAUUCUGAGGACUUGGUUUAUACUGACGUAACCAUCAGUGAUUUCACAGGUGGUGUUAGCAAAUCAAAAGGAGUACUGCCGAUUGCACUUACUGUCGGCAGCAAGACAUCAAUGAGUGCUUUCUUUGUUGUAGACUCUUCUGCAACUUAUAAUGCAUUACUGGGACGUGAUUGGAUCCAUUCGAAUUGGUGUGUUCCAUCUACUCUCCAUCAAAGACUCAUUUUUUGGAAUGGAGGCAAAACUGAGGUAGUUUAUGCUGACAACGGACCAUUCUUAGCCAAUUCCAAUAUGGUGGAAGCACGAUACUAUGAUGAAGACGUAGGAACCAUCCAUUUCUUCGGCAUGGAUAGACAAGGAAGACCUCGUGGAAUCACCGCUUGCAACAAGCCUACCUUGGCUAAGUAUGUGGUUGACAAGGUGGUACAUGAAGGUGAGGAAGACACCUAUACUGACGGAGUCACAAUGGAAGAGUUAGAUCUGGCCCUUGCAAAACUGGAUGACCUCAAGGCCGAUGUACAAGAUCCAUUGAAGGAAGUUAAUCUGGGAACAGAGGCAGAGCCACACGUUACUUUUGUCAUAGUGAAGAAGAAUGGAAAGCUCAGAGUCUGCAUUGAUUUUCAGAACUUAAAUCUAGCCACACCAAAGGAUCAAUACCCCAUGCCAGUAGCAGAUUUACUUGUUAAUGGGGUUGCACGCCAUCGCAUUUUAUCUUUUAUGGAUGGGUAUAGUGGCUAUAAUCAGAUCUUUAUUGCAGAGGAAGACAUAAGUGAAAUGACCUUUCGUUGCCUUGGAAACAUAUGCAAAACUCGUGUCUUUUCACCUCUUUUGAAGUUGCAGCCUGAUGUAGAUUUUAAAUGGGAAAGGCAACACCAAGCCACCUUUGAUGUCAUCAAGGAAUACUUGUCCAAGCCACCUGUGUUGGUUCCUCCAGCCGUCAAAGGGCAGGCUUUAGCAGACUUUUUAGCAGAUCAUCCUUGUUUAGAUGUUAACGCUGAUGAAGACAAAGGAAUCAAUCUAUUUUUGAUUGACUUGGUUCCUUGGAGGCUUAUUUUUUAUGGGUCUAGCACUAAUCAAGCUUUUGAGGCUAGAAUUAUUAUUGUUUCUCCAUAUGGCAUAAAAACCCAAUGGUGUUUUCAGUUGGAUUUUGAAUACACCAAUAACCAAGCAAAAUAUGAAGCUUUGGUAAUUGGCCUUGAGUUGUUGGUAGAGUUGAAGGUACCAUCGGUUGAAAUUGUGGGUGAUUCUCAAUUAGUUCUCAAGCAAUUGAGUGGCGAAUACAAGUGUACAAGCGUGGUUUUGUCUCCAUAUUUUGUCAUUGCCAUCCAACUACUGGAGGAAUUUGAUGAUGUCUCCCUAAAGCAUAUUCCUCACAGCAUGAAUAUUGAAACAAAUGAACUUGCGCAGAUUGCUUCAGAUGUAAAAAUGCCUGAAGGCAUCUUGGAGAAAGUCAUCGUCAUUGAAAAACGUAUGCUGCCUUCAAUUAAUCAAAGAGGAAUAACGGUGGAAGCAUGCUCAUUAGAUGUCACACCUACAGACUUGAGGCAUCCAAAAAUGAAACAUUUGAGGAAUCCCAAUUCUAAAACAUCAAGGAGAAUGAGGAUGCAAGCUUUAAACUAUGUGAUACUCGGGGAUGUUCUGUAUCGGAUUAAGAUGAGAUGGCUAAUUCGAAGGCAUGGUUUCUUUUGGCCAUCUAUUCUUAAGGAUUGCAUCAAUUAUGCAAAGGGCUGCAGAGCUUGUCAGCUGCAUGGUCCUUUGCAGCGAGCGCCAGCUUCUGAGUUACAUCCUAUUGUCAAGCCAUGGCCUUUUCGUGGCUGGGCAAUUGAUUUGAUUGGGAAAAUUUACCCACCUUCUUCUAAAGGUACUGCUUUUGUUGGAUCUCAAGUAGAGGCCUUUGCAAAAGACAUGGGAUUUCAUUUGCUUAAUUCAACUCCACAUUAUGCACAAGCAAAUGGUCGAGCAGAGGCAUCUAAUAAGAUUAUCAUCAACACCCUGGAGAAAAUGGUUGAUGAUAAUCCCAAGAGAUGGCAUGAGCUUCUUUUAGAUACUCUCUGGGCAUACAGAAGCUCACAACGAAGUUCAACUAAGGUGACCCCAUUCUCGCUUACUUAUGGUCAUGAUGCUAUCUUGCCUAUGGAAUUAACAGCAAGGUCUCUGUGGAUUGCAAUUCAAAAUGGCUUGAAUUCUGGGGAAUACAAUGAGGCCAUGAUCAUGGAGUUGGAAGACCUUGAGGAAGCAAGGCUGACAGCAUUGGAUGUGAUGAAAGUUCAUAAGCUUAAAGUGGCACGAGCUUACAACAAAAAGGUCAAGCAAAAGAAUUUAGCCGAAGGAAGCUUGGUUUGGAAGGUUGUGCUGCCGCUUGGCAAGAAGGAUCUCAGAUAUGGUAAGUGGUCCCCUAAUUGGGAAGGACCAUUCCAAAUUCAUAAAGUUCUUAAAGGGGGUGCUUUUUGGUUAAAGUCUUUGAAUGGGGAGUUGCAUCCGCGCAAGAUCAAUGGCAUCUACUUGAAACCAUAUUAUCCGACUGUGUGGGAGGCACGAGAUAGUUCUGCCUCCUCCACGUCUGCAUGAUCCAGGUUUGCAGACAUUUGUGUAUUAUUUGAUUCAAGUUGUUUUUCUUUCAAUAAGGACACGUAGAGUUUUGGCUUGAACCAUGGAAACAUGCAUAAGACUUGGUGCUGCCAAGGAGGCAUGGCAUGUUCUUACAUUUGUGUUUUAGAGCGGCUUUGUUUGCAAAGCUGUGGGCAGUAUGAAUAAAGCAAGCAAAUAAAUUCAUGUUCAUCAU